AUGGCCGUCCUCAUGGCUGUGUUGGGCAGUGUGUACGGAGAACCUCCCGGGUGUCAUGUUUUCUAUAUGCAAGAUAGAAACAGCUCGAGUGAUUCAGCUCUUUUCAACAAGCAUAAGCAAGCAUUCUUCAAAUAUUUAGUUGGGCAAAAGGAUGUCAUGAAGGCUCGUGCGGUGAGGGCUACAUGUCCCAAGAUAGAGUUCGAGAUGUUUACUAUUACCCCAAGCCCUCAUUACCCCGGCCAGCCCGGCUACACAGACCCCACCGACCAACAGUUGAUAAACUCCCUGGCGUACAUCACUGGGCAUAUCAAUCGUAUAGCCAACCGCAUACCUUUACAGUCUAUCUUCCUUAUUGGAGUUUAUAGUGGCGCCGCUAUUGCCAUACAGACUGUGAUCCUCUAUCCCGGUAAACUCGGAGGAGUAUUUUCCUUCGCUGGUUGGAUACCUCUAUCAAAGGGGGCAGCCCAUCUGAUCAAGCCUGCCCAAGAUGAGAAGAUGGUUCUGGCGGCCUCUGGAUUCCUCGAUAGCUUCCAUAGUGAAGCACCUACAGAAGAGUGGCCCUGGGGUACGCUAUCCUCUAUGAUGGCUCGACCGACGUGUGGAGUGGUCUGGUUGGCUCAUUCACAGAUGGAUGAGGUGGAGAACACGCUCAUCACUGAUCGCCCUGGUCAAGAUGCUUUCGACAACGAUAAGUACGAGUGA